AUUACAGACGGCUAAGAUUCGAAGUAAAACAGAGUAAAGAAUCUAAGUACCACGCUGUUAAUUAAUUUGUUAAUAAUAAUGUCUUAAUGUGCACUCAAUGAAAUUGGUUACUAUAAAUGUGGUCCAACCAACACAAGUAACUUGUCCUUGUCUCCUACCACUACUACUCACCAGUAGGACUGUUUUGAUUAGUACAAAGAAAGAAUCAGAUAUUUUGGGAAACAAAUCUGAGAAAAAUGGGUGCUUUGGAUCACAUUUCUGAGCUAUUUGACUGCUCCGGAGGUUCUCACCACAAAAAGCGCAAACAAUUGCAGACGGUGGAAGUGAAAGUGAAGAUGGAUUGCGAAGGAUGCGAGAGGAAAGUGAGAAAGGCGGUUGAAGGAAUGAAAGGAGUGAACCAAGUGGAUAUUGACAGAAAGGCCUCCAAGGUAACCGUUGUGGGAUAUGUAGAACCUUCCAAAGUGGUGGCGCGUAUCGCUCACCGCACUGGGAAGAGGGCAGAGAUAUGGCCAUAUAUCCCAUACGACGCCGUUGCUCAUCCCUACGCACAAGGUGUUUACGAUAGGAAAGCCCCUUCAGGUUACGUUCGGAAUACAUACGGUGAGUCUCAGUAUCCAAAUCUAGCGCGUGCAAGCUCCACCGAAGUCCGCUACACCACCGCUUUCAGCGACGAGAACCCAGCCGCCUGUGCUGUCAUGUGAUUUACCAAUCUAAGUGUUUAAUUAAAUCUAUCUUAUUUCUCUUUGCUUAAUUGCUUGGUUAUUAGUAUUCACCAACACCUACUAUGUUUCUUAUAGCUUAGUUCUUGUGCUUAUGUGUUGCCUGCCAGCAUCAAAUUUCUUGCGUUCAUUGUAAAUAUUCUGAUUUUUCAUAAUCUAUGCUCAUAGUACUGCAUUUUGUUUUUA